AUGGAUGUACCCACGCUGGUCGACUGUCAGCGUGAGAUUCAAAUCCGCAUCUUACGUUCCGUGGAGUACUUGAAGAAGCUGGGCAGUUCCAAUAUCACUACCAGUGCUAUCGCCACACGCACCAGAAUUUUGGAUCAGCUGUGGACGAAGUUCGAAGCGCAGCACGAUCUUAUCCGAGCAGCCUUAAAAGAAAAGUUCAGCGAGAGCGAUUAUUUUAAGUCAGAAUUGCACGCUGAUACGGAGAAUCUAUAUGUCAACCAAAGAAGCAUACUUGACGGCUACGCUGAACACUUUCGUGCAUCGAGCGUACCUCCUUCUGCCGACGCCACGCCAAGGUCGUCACUGCCGCGCAUCAAAGUACCGCCAUUCUCUGGUGCCUACGCAGAUUGGCCGUCGUUCAGAGAUCUCUUCCUCUCCGUCAUGAAGGGAGAUACCGCAGAGGAGUUGAGACGCAUUCACAACGCCGUUACUGCCGCCGUCAAUGGCCAGGAGAGCAUUGGACGUCCAAUUAACACCCACGGAAUGGACCUCUUCAACUUCCUAGUCACCGAAUUGUUUGACGCACGUACGCGUCUGGAAUGGGAGUCGUCCACGUCAGACUCAUCAGAGCCGGCACAAAACGAGGCACUCGUUGACUUUAUCAGCCGACGGAUCCUGACGCUCAAUGCCGCACGACCGAAGAGUAUUAGCAAACCGCCCGGAGAGGCUUCACGGAUUGCCAAGAUUCACUUCACUAAGCAGCAAGGAGCUGAGCCGCCGCACUGUACACUGUGUCAUGAAAGGCACACCUUGAUGACCUGCCGAGAUUUCAAGGCCAAGACGGUCCACGAGCGUAAAGCAUUUGUAGAGACGAACAAGCUCUGCUACAACUGCUUAGAAACCACCUCGUAUCUCGCUGUCAGUCGAAGAAGAACUGUCUUACCUCGACUUAACAUCGCCGACCGGUACGGCUCACCACACGCCGUACGCGCCUUGAUCGACCAAUGCUCCGAGGUGUCGAUCAUUUCUGAGGCCUUGGCGCAACGUCUCCGCCUGCCUCGAGUCUCGACGGAUCUCUCGAUCUUCGGAAUUGGAGGAACCCGCUCAGGAUCAGCUCGUGGCAAGGUCACGCUGCACGUCACGUCAGACGUGACCAACGCCGAGCUCCGCGUGGUAGCUUUUGUGCUGCCCCGCAUAUCAUUGCAGCAAGGCUCAGUCUCGCGAGAAGAACGCAGCUGGCCUCAUCUCGACGGACUCCAGCUGGCUGAUCCUCGCUUCCUGGACGACGACCCAGCUGAGCUACUGCUGGGAGCCGAGGUCUACUCCUUGAUCCUCGAGGAAGGUCUCCGCAAGGGUGACUCAAGGAUGCCGAUCGCCCAGCAGACCAGCCUGGGAUGGAUCCUGUCCGGCGGCUACGACGCAACAACAACCAACGGACAUUGCCGCACAUUCCGGUGCACCGCCGAUCACGACCUCACCGACCUCGUUCGACGCUUUUGGGAGCAGGAGAGCGAGCCAAUAAUUCGGGCUCCACUUACUCCCGAGGAAGCUAAGUGCGAGGAAUUAUAUGUGCGCACCGUCACACGCACGUCUACCGGGAGGUACAUUGUGAGGCUGCCACUUUCAUCACCGCCGACGAAUUUUCACGAGACUCGCCGACCAGCGGAGCGUCUCCUGAGAGCCAUGGAGACCAAAGGCAGCCGAGAUCCUCGAUUUGGCGACCUCUAUCGCAACUUCAUGCAGGAGUUCGAAGACUUACAACACAUGAAGAGAGUCAACAUUGCAACGACAGCGGAUGAUCUCAAGUGUUACUUACCGCAUCACGGGGUCCUGAAGGAGUCGAGCACGACGACAAAACUCCGAGUCGUAUUUAACGGCUCUCAACGCACACGGGCCGGUACUUCGUUGAACUCUCAUUUGUUGACUGGGGCGAAUCUUCUGCCAGCGCUCAACGACGUGUUGCUGCGAUGGCGUUGGCACCGGUACGUCUUUGUCACCGACGUAGAGAAAAUGUACCGCCAAAUCCUCGUACAUCCUGAGGAUUGCCGUCUUCAAACAAUCCUGUGGCGUCACAACAAGACGGACGAAAUCUAA